AUGACCACUCCAUUAUUUUUGGGGACAAUUAUCAGUCUUUGUGUUGCAACUGCGCUGUUCUUCCGUUACUGGCGGCUGAGACAAAUUCCUGGACCAAUUUUGGCAUCGGUGACCAACCUUUGGCGAUUCAAUAUCCAAUAUCGCGGUCCUAUACUACCUUGCCUUCUAGAUCUACAUCGGAAAUAUGGAAGCCUGGUAAGAAUAGGCCCAAAUACCAUCAGCGUCAGUGAUGCAGCCUAUGUCAGCGCGAUUUAUACAAAUAAAGGCGAUUAUGUAAAGGCUAAAAAGAAGAGAUAUAUGCAGGCAGACUCAUAUGAGCCGAUGAGAGUCUUUGUGAAUGGCCAAUCAGUAGGAAGCAUUGUUGAUAUGCAAGAUGAGGAACAGCAUCGAGCGUUGAAACGAUCUGUUGGCGGCGCGUUUACGAACAAAAGCCUACAAGAGUACGAGCCUGAUGUGGACAUGAUCCUAGAGAAUCUCCUUGCACGAAUUGGGAAAAAAUCAACUUUUGUUCUCCAUGAUGUCCUGCAGUGGUUCCAGCUAGACUUUCUCAUGAAGAUUGCAUUUACGGAGUCACCUGGGCAUCUACAACAUGGAGCCGACGUGUACGGAUUAUCAAAGCUUACUGCACAGCGAAUUGCACACUGGUACACUUGGCAAAGCCUCCCGCAGUUAGAGCGCUUCAUAUACCGAAAUUCUGUUUGGGGUAGAUUCCUGGCUCGGCCAUCUAAGUGGGCCAAAAUGAGUAAGGAACGGUUCAACGCUCGUGUGGCGACCACUCACGAUCGGCAAGAGAUAGAACGGAGAGAUCUUUUACAGAAAUGCAUCGACUACAGCGAAAAAUACCCCGAUGUUCUCAAACCGCAAACAAUCACUAGCGUAGUGAACUCGAUUAUCUCGGCCGGCACGGACACUACAUCUGGGGCAAUGACUACGAUGCUGUACUUUUUACUCAAGUCUCCGUCUUGUUACAAAUCACUUAUGGACGAGCUGGAUGAUGCUCAGAAAUCUGGCAAACUUUCAAUUCCUCCCCGAUACACAGAGGUUAGCCGUCUGCCGUACUUGGACGCAGUGCUCAGAGAGGCUCUUAGACUUAACCCGGCUCUCGCUAUUCCCAUGGAGCGAAUUGUCCCCUCAUCGGGUUGUUCUAUUAACGGCACCUUUAUUCCUGGCGGCACAGUAAUUGGAUGCCUUGCUAUGGCUAUACACAUGGAUCAAACGUGCUUUGGAAAAGAUCCAGAACUAUUUCAACCGGAGCGCUGGUUAAAUAGAUCGGAUGCAGAGCGCAGUGCUAUGGAACGAGGCUUUCUUGGCUGGAGCGCCGGAAGUCGAGCCUGCUUAGGUCGACAAAUUGCAGAGCUAGAGAUAAAGAAGGUCAUACCAACUUUGCUGCUCAAGUAUAAUAUAAGUUUAGACAACCCUGAGCAAACCUUGCAAUUUGUUAAUGGUGUCCUAGAGUAUGGUUCAAAUCCCAUCUCUGUGACAUUUAAUACUAAGACUCAAUAA